AUGAUGAUGUUGAUUCCCUGCUUGAUUAUAUUACUGUUUAUUAAUUCAAUUGUGGCUGAUGUCACUAUCACAUCUGUACCUUCUGCGGGUUUGCCUUCUAAUCAAUAUAUUAUUGAAAAUCAACUGCCUCUUUCUGAACAAACACAUGAACUGGUCAAAGUGGAAGAUAUUGUCCUUGUUUCGCAAAUGUCGAACAGUGUUUUGGUGAAAGUUCAAGUCGACAAAUAUGGCAUCGCUCAACAUGUGGCGGGCUUCCAAAUUGCAAAUUCCACCUCUGGUUUACAUGGUUUGGCCCACUCCACCAAGAACCCUGGCAUGGUGUGGCUCACAUUAGAAACGGACAACAAAUUGUUGUUGAUUGAUCCUGUGACGGCAUCGGUUACGGAUGCUCCCAAGGUGAUUAAAGAAAUCAAUGUACCCCAGCCUGGCAAUGGUCCUCAUUACAUUGGUGUCGCCCAUCCUAUUUUUAUCGCCCAACAUCCUAUAAACAAGAUGUUCUAUUCUGGUGAAGAUGAUUCCAGCAAAAUCAUAAAAAUCAACCCUGCAACUGGCAAUACCAUCCAAAUUGAUGUCGAUUCCAGUGCUGGUACAACCCCCGUUGGCAUGAUCAGUGGUCCUAAGGGUAUCUGGUUCACUCUUCUUGGUAAUGCAACAGCUGGCACAGGUACCUUUGGUUUCAUCGAUCAAGAUGACAAGAUUGUGUACCACAAACUCACGUCUCCCUUAGGCAAGGAUGCUGCCUUGUUGCAUCUUGCAUUUGAUGUUGCUUACGAAACCAAUUACAAGAUGUAUCUCUUGUCCUCUUCAAUCGACAACCCGAAUGCUUUGGAUAUGGUCAUCAAGGUCACCUUUGAUGAGCAAUGGACCACCAUCAAGGAUGAAGAGGUCAUUGUGAUUCCUACACAGCAAUGCAAAGCCCAUCGUCUUUUACCUACUCAAUUCAAUGUCUUUGCUACUGAACUCGCCGCCUCCAAAUUUUUAACCUUGUUUAGUCCUUAA